AUGGACCUACUCCUAAGAAGCCUGCUCCAUCGUUUAAGGAUCCUAAGAAAGCUCCAGAAAAGGCUAAACCUGACACCUCCCGCGAAGGACAAACCAAAGACUCCCGCCGAUGAACCGAAGAAGAUCCCGAAGUUGAAGGAACCUGAUGAUGAACCUGAAACAAAUGCUACACUACCACUUCGAAAGAAGCCAAAAGACGAUGAAGAACUUCCUGCUGAACCCAUUGAUGGACCUACUCCUAAGAAGCCUACUCCAUCGUUUAAAGACCCUAAGAAGGCUCCAGAAAAGGCUAAACCUGCACCACCUCCCGCGAAGGACAAACCAAAGACUCCCGCCGAUGAACCGAAGAAGAUCCCGAAGUUGAAGGAACCUGACGACGAACCAGAAACAAAUGCUACACUACCACUUCGAAAGAAGCCAAAAGACGAUGAAGAACUUCCUGCUGAACCCAUUGAUGGACCUACUCCUAAGAAGCCUGCUCCAUCGUUUAAAGAUCCUAAGAAAGCUCCAGAAAAGGACAAACCUGAACCUGACGACGAACCAGAAACAAAUGCUACACUACCACUUCGAAAGAAGCCAAAAGACGAUGAAGAACUUCCUGCUGAACCCAUUGAUGGACCUACUCCUAAGAAGCCUGCUCCAUCGUUUAAGGAUCCUAAGAAGGCUCCAGAGAAGGCUAAACCUGCACCACCUCCCGCGAAGGACAAACCAAAGACUCCCGCCGAUGAACCGAAGAAGAUCCCGAAGUUGAAGGAACCUGACGACGAACCAGAAACGAAUGCUACACUACCACUUCGAAAGAAGCCAAAAGACGAUGAAGAACUUCCUGCUGAACCCAUUGAUGGACCUACUCCUAAGAAGCCUGCUCCAUCGAGAAGCCUGUUCCAGCGCCUGAAAAGCAAACCUUCUCCACCGAAGGACAAACCAAAGACUCCCGCCGAUGAACCGAAGAAGAUCCCGAAGUUGAAGGAACCUGAUGAUGAACCUGAAACAAAUGCUACACUACCACUUCGAAAGAAGCCAAAAGACGAUGAAGAACUUCCUGCUGAACCCAUUGAUGGACCUACUCCUAAGAAGCCUGCUCCAUCGUUUAAGGAUCCUAAGAAGGCUCCGGAAAAGGCUAAACCUGCACCCUGCGAAGGCAAACCAAAGACUCCCGCCGAUGAACCGAAGAAGAUCCCGAAGUUGAAGGAACCUGAUGAUGAACCAGAAACGAAUGCUACACUACCACUUCGAAAGAAGCCAAAAGACGAUGAAGAACUUCCUGCUGAACCCAUUGAUGGACCUACUCCUAAGAAGCCUGCUCCAUCGACUAAACCUGCACCACCUCCCGCGAAGGACAAACCAAAGACUCCCGCCGAUGAACCGAAGAAGAUCCCGAAGUUGAAGGAACCUGACGACGAACCAGAAACGAAUGCUACACUACCACUUCGAAAGAAGCCAAAAGACGAUGAAGAACUUCCUGCUGAACCCAUUGAUGGACCUACUCCUAAGAAGCCUGCUCCAUCGUUUAAAGAUCCUAAGAAAGCUCCAGAAAAGGCUAAACCUGCACCACCUCCCGCGAAGGACAAACCAAAGACUCCCGCCGAUGAACCGAAGAAGAUCCCGAAGUUGAAGGAACCUGACGACGAACCAGAAACGAAUGCUACACUACCACUUCGAAAGAAGCCAAAAGACGAUGAAGAACUUCCUGCUGAACCCAUUGAUGGACCUACUCCUAAGAAGCCUGCUCCAUCGUUUAAGGAUCCUAAGAAGGCUCCGGAAAAGGACAAACCUGUCGUAGCUCCUGCGAAGGGCAAACCAAAGACUCCCGCCGAUGAACCGAAGAAGAUCCCGAAGUUGAAGGAACCUGAUGACGAACCUGAAACGGAUGCUACAAUACCACUUGGAAAGAAGCCAAAAGACGAUGAAGAACUUCCUGCUGAACCCAUUGAUGGACCUACUCCUAAGAAGCCUGCUCCAUCGUUUAAGGAUCCUAAGAAGGCUCCAGAGAAGGCUAAACCUGCACCACCUCCCGCGAAGGACAAACCUGCUCCAACUCCCGCAAAGGAGAAGCCUGUUCCAGCGCCUGCAAAAAGCAAACCUUCUCCAAAGACUCCCGCCGAUGAACCGAAGAAGAUCCCGAAGUUGAAGGAACCUGAUGAUGAACCUGAAACAAAUGCUACACUACCACUUCGAAAGAAGCCAAAAGACGAUGAAGAACUUCCUGCUGAACCCAUUGAUGGACCUACUCCUAAGAAGCCUGCUCCAUCGUUUAAAGAUCCUAAGAAAGCUCCAGAAAAGGACAAACCUGCACCACCUCCCGCGAAGGACAAACCUGCUCCAACUCCCGCAAAGGAGAAGCCUGUUCCAGCGCCUGCAAAAAGCAAACCUUCUCCAAAGACUCCCGCCGAUGAACCGAAGAAGAUCCCGAAGUUGAAGGAACCUGAUGACGAACCUGAAACGGAUGCUACAAUACCACUUGGAAAGAAGCCAAAAGACGAUGAACUUCCCGCAGAGCCCAUUGAUGGACCUACUCCCAAAAAGCCUGCUCCAUCGUUUAAAGACCCUAAGAAAGCUCCAGAAAAGGCUAAACCUACACCACCUCCCGCAAAGGGCAAACCAAAGACUCCCGCCGAUGAACCGAAGAAAAUCCCGAAGUUGAAGGAACCUGAUGACGAACCUGAAACGGAUGCUACAAUACCACUUCGAAAGAAGCCAAAAGACGAUGAAGAACUUCCUGCUGAACCCAUUGAUGGACCUACUCCAAAGAAGCCUGCUCCAUCGUUUAAGGAUCCUAAGAAAGCUCCAGAAAAGGACAAACCUGUCGUAGCUCCUGCGAAGGGCAAACCAAAGACUCCCGCCGAUGAACCGAAGAAAAUCCCGAAGUUGAAGGAACCUGAUGACGAACCUGAAACGGAUGCUACAAUACCACUUGGAAAGAAGCCAAAAGACGAUGAAGAACUUCCCGCAGAGCCCAUUGAUGGACCUUCUCCUAAGAAACCUGCUCCAUCGUUUAAGGAUCCUAAGAAGGCUCCGGAAAAGGCUAAACCUGCACCACCUCCCGCAAAGGACAAACCUGCUCCAACUCCCGCAAAGGAGAAGCCUGUUCCAGCGCCUGCAAAAAGCAAACCUUCUCCAAAGACUCCCGCCGAUGAACCGAAGAAGAUCCCGAAGUUGAAGGAACCUGACGACGAACCUGAAACGGAUGCUACAAUACCACUUGGAAAGAAGCCAAAAGACGAUGAACUUCCCGCAGAGCCCAUUGAUGGACCUACUCCCAAAAAGCCUGCUCCAUCGUUUAAAGACCCUAAGAAAGCUCCAGAAAAGGACAAACCUGUCGUAGCUCCUGCGAAGGGCAAACCAAAGACUCCCGCAGAUGAACCGAAGAAAAUCCCGAAGUUGAAGGAACCUGACGACGAACCUGAAACGGAUGCUACAAUACCACUUGGAAAGAAGCCAAAAGACGAUGAACUUCCCGCAGAGCCCAUUGAUGGACCUACUCCCAAAAAGCCUGCUCCAUCGUUUAAAGACCCUAAGAAAGCUCCAGAAAAGGACAAACCUGCCGUAGCUCCUGCGAAGGGCAAACCAAAGACUCCCGCAGAUGAACCGAAGAAAAUCCCGAAGUUGAAGGAACCUGACGACGAACCUGAAACGGAUGCUACAAUACCACUUGGAAAGAAGCCAAAAGACGAUGAAGAACUUCCCGCCGAGCCCAUUGAUGGACCCAAGAAACCUAAGAAAUUCCCGAAAUUGAAAAACCCUGAAGACGAACCUGAAACAGAUGCAACUUUGCCACUUGACAGGGAGCCGAAUGAAGAUGAAGAAGUACCUAGCGAGCCCGAAGAGCAACUUCCCACCGCGAAGCCUAAGAGAACCCCGAAAAAACGAAAGCCGGCUUCGAGAACCCCCACUCGACCAAAGAAAUAUCCGAAGUUGAAGGAGCCAGAUGACGAACCUGACACUGAUGCAAAUCUUCCCCUUGGUAAAACGGGACCAGAUGACGAUCAAAAGCCAAAAAAAUCAAAAAAAGGGAGCCCAAAGCCUUCCAAACCACGCUGGAUACCUCCGAUAAAACCUCCAGAGGAACCAAUUCCAAUGCCUCCCAAAGAAAAAUCCAUUUUCGACAGAAAUAAGGAAGAAAAGAUCCCGCCCACAGAGAGAUAUUCAAAGAAACCACGGUCGUUAGAUGUUUAUAUACCAUUUAUCAUCCCCUGGGAGCAAACUCCUGCAAUAAUGACUCAGGAGGGUAUGGGUGCAUUUGGAACACAGAGAGACAUUUCAGUCACUGUAGAUCAUGGCAGCAAAGAAUUGAAACAGGGGGCGCUAAAUUCCGAAGUUAUCUUGCCACUAUUAAAUGAUGCUCGCGCGUACGCGAACAGAUCUGGCAUGCAACCAUUCGGAGCAAAACGACUAGUUAUUAACGGUGUUAUUGAUAACCACAAAUACAUGAAUCAGGAAGGUGGUUCCGAAAGUGUAAUUCCGCUGUUAAGUCGUGGAGCUGUUUCUCAUGGCAACUUAACCUUUGGAGAUUUACGACCCCAAGUUGCUAACGUGAAGUAUACUGAUGCUAUGGAUCCAGGAAUGGAUAAAAUGUCUCACAGUUUCGUGUCACGACAGUUUGUGGCAAAUUCGAAGGAUAGCUGUGGAACAAAUAUUAUUGAUAGGAGAAGAGGAGAGAUUGCUCCUUGUGGACCACAACUUCGUGCAAGUGAAUGUAUGAUUCCUAUGAUGUUCGAUGGCCGAGCUGUGGAAUUACGAGAAGGGUCAGAGUUCGGGUCGUUCAGGCCAGUAAUUACGGAGGUCAUGUGA